AACUCUCUUUUCUUUUUCAAAAGGUGUCCAGGCUACAUAGAACCACAAAAUCUAACACGUGUCUCAGAAUUCUUCCUCUUGGGGCUCUCAGAUGAUCCAGAACUGCAGCCUUUGCUCUUUGGGCUCUUCCUGUCCAUGUACCUGGUCACCGUGCUGGGAAACCUGUUCAUCGUCCUGGCCGUCAGCUCAGACCCCCACCUGCACACGCCCAUGUACUUCUUCCUCUCCCACCUGUCCUUGGCUGACAUCGGUUUUACCUCCACCACCAUCCCCAAGAUGAUUUGGGACAUCCACACUCACAGCAGAGUCACCUCCUAUGGGGGCUGCCUGACACAGAUGUCGUUUUUUAUGCUUUUUGGAUGUUUGGAUAGUCUCCUCCUGACCGUGAUGGCAUAUGACAGAUUUGUGGCCAUCUGUCACCCACUGCAAUACUUGGUUAUUAUGAACCCACAACUCUGUGGCUCGUUGGUUUUCGUGUCAUUUUUCAUCAGCCUUUUGGUCUCCCAGAUGCACAAUUCAGUUGUGUUACAACUUACCUACUUCAAGGACGUGAAAAUUUCUCAUUUCUUCUGUGACCCUUCUCAGCUCCUGAGCCUUGCCUGCUCUGACACCCUCACCAAUAACAUAGUCAUGUACUUUGUUGGUGCCAUCUCUGGUUUUCUCCCCAUCUCAGGGAUCUUUUUCUCUUACUAUAAAAUCGUUUCCUCCAUUCUGAGAGUCCCAUCAUCUGGUGGGAAGUAUAGAGCCUUCUCCACCUGUGGCUCUCACCUGGCAGUUGUUUGCUUAUUUUAUGGAACAGGCCUUGGGGUGUACCUCAGUUCUGCUGCCUCCCACUCUCCCAGGAAGGAAGCAGUGGCCUCGGUGGUGUACACGGUGUUCACCCCCAUGUUGAACCCCUUCAUCUACAGUCUGAGGAACAGGGACAUCAAGAGGGCCAUGCAGAGGCUCCUCAGCAGAGCAGCCUAA